UAUUAUCAAACAUUUGAUAGCAAGUGACCGAGAUUUUGUGGAUAAGAGGAUCAUGGACGACUCGAGCGGACCGAGUAUGGGACAAAUCGUGGCCUACCGCGCCAUGAAGUUCGCGGAGGAGUCUCGCGAGAGCUGCUGGAAGCGCAGUGUGGUGGCGUGCGUUGCUGGUGCAGCCAUGGGUGUCGGUCUUGGCACGUUCCUUGGCACGUUUGAGGGUGCUCACGGAGAGCUGGUUGGUCGCAAUAUGCGCGAACAGCUCUACAACGGUUUCAGCAAGUCCAUUAAGGCUGGCUACGUACGCAGCGUCUACUUUUCCAAGGAGUUUGCAUUAGUUGGCAGUAUCUUCGCUGGCGUUGAGUGCGUGAUUGAGCGCGAACGUGCGGCGCACGACAUCUUGAACCCCAUCUUGGCUGGCGGAGUGUCGGGAGGAGCACUGGGUGCGUGGGCAGCGCGGAGUUCGGGUCCUAAAAUGCUGGUGCAAAACACUGCCAAGGGUGCUGCGGGCUUUGCUGUCAUGGCUGUUGUGUUUGAGAAGGGCAUCGAGUUCCUUACAAAUUAGACUGCAGAUAGACGCUGGGAAACUAAUAGACACUUUGUAUCUACACUUAUGUGGAACUGCUGAAUGAGCAAGAAGUAAGUAA